UCCACUUUUUGAGGUUAUGUACCUCAAAAAUAUUUGACCACAGGAAAUUUGAAAAUGCCUGGAUUAAAUUAAGUCCUGGUGGCCCAAAUCUAAACGGCAUCAAAAUGUCGAUUCUGGAAUAUUCUGAAUCUCUUAAAAUUUGGGGAAGAUCUUCAUGGAAGAACGUCCACAACUGUAAACUGUGCCCAUAUUUUACAACUUCGCUCCUGGUUAUGGUGAACCACGUGAGACGACACCGUUUCCCCGUGGAAGAAUCCACUUGCACAAGCGAAAUUGAAGCGUUUUAUUGUAAAGACUGCGAUUUUAAAACGGAACUAACCGUCCUGUUCAAACGACACAUCAAUAAACAUCACUGCCGUAAAAAAGAGGAUUUAUCAAGUGAGGAUUUCCGCAUACAAAGCUACGUUUGCGUAAAAUGCAACUUCGAAACCAAUCUCUCAUUAAAGUUGCUUCAGCAUUAUUCAGCAUGCACAAAAAAGAAAAAAAAUCUUGAAAGUGUGAACUCACACUUGAAUAAAGAGGACAUUAAAUGGUACGAAUGCAGUGAGUGCCGCUACAAAACUAAGCGUAACGCAAAUUUAAAAAGACACAUAGUUGCAAAACAUCUAACUGAAGACAAAAUUGAGUGGUAUGAAUGCGAAAAUUGCCCAUUUAAAGCUAGACAGAAGAUUGAUUUAAAAAGGCAUCUAAUUUCUCGGCAUCUGAAUCAAAUGGAAGUUGAGUGGUUCAAUUGCGAGAAGUGUCCAUUCAGAACUAAUUUUAUUUCAGGGUUAGGGAGACAUAGGUGUGUUAAUGAUUCAGAAAAACGAGAAUGGUUUGAAUGUGCAAAGUGUUCAUAUAAGAGUCAAACAAGAAAAAAUGUAACAACGCAUCAAAUCGUCCAUUUGGAGGCUAGACCGUAUCAGUGCGAUUAUUGUCCAUACAAGGCGAAACGCGAAUUUCAUUUAAAACGUCACGUAAAUAGUCUCCAUUUGGAUGAAAGGGAAGCUAAAUGGUACAAAUGUGAAUACUGCGCUUACAAAAGGAAAACUAAAUCAAGUGUAUGGCAACACACAAACAGAAAACAUAAGUAGGAUUUAGUUUACUUUAUGCUUUGUGUAGUAGUGUUAAGCUGAAUUUAUUAAGUUGGUUUUUUUGUUUUGCUAGUAGUCUUUUAUUGUGAAUAAUAAUAAUAAUAAAUGGAUAAAUAAUG